GAGCCUGCCUUCCCCAUGCCUGUCCGGUUAGCGGGGAAUUCGCACGGCGCUAACUUCAGGCAGCGCCUCGUUCCUGGACGGAGAAGCACCUUUCUCAAAGUUCGCAUGUUUCCUUUUUCCAUAGAAAACCGAGAGGAUAUACUGAAUGCUAGUGACAAAUUAACAGAAGUCCUUGAAGAGGCCAACACUCUGUUUAAUGGAGUGUCCCGAGCAAGAGAAGCAGUCUUAGAUGCCCACUUUCUCGUUCUGGCUUCAGAUUUGGGCAAAGAGAAAGCAAAGCAGCUGCGCUCUGAUCUGAGCUCAUUUGAUAUGUUAAGAUACGUUGAAGCUCUACUGACAUAUAUGGGUAUAAAUCCACUAGAAGCUGAAGAAUUCAUCCGUGAUGGAGAUAGUUCUGAUUUGGAACUUAUAGUUUAUGACUCCUGGACAAUACCGGGAAAAACAGCAGAAAACACCUUUAAUAAAACCCAUACGUUCCACUUCCUGUUGGGUUCGAUACAAGGAGAGUUCCCUGUGCCAAAGCCCCGAAUUGAUCGUCCGAGAAGACCCCGUACAAUAGAAGAGCAGCGGGCAAUGCCUGCUCAGUUGAAAUGUAUGGAAGAAUCUCAUCAGGAAGCAACAGAAAAGGAAGUAGAAAGAAUCUUGGGAUUGUUGCAAACGUAUUUUCGAGAAGAUCCUGAUACUCCAAUGUCCUUUUUUGACUUCGUGGUUGAUCCACAUUCUUUUCCCCGUACAGUAGAAAACAUCUUCCAUGUCUCCUUCAUUAUACGGGAUGGUUUUGCAAGAAUAAGACUUGACCAAGACCGACUGCCAAUAAUAGAGCCUGUUAAUAUUAAUGAUGAAAGUGAAGGCAUCGAUCAUCAUACCCAAAUUAGGAAUCAAGGAAUUAUAGCUCUGAGUUACCGUGACUGGGAGGAGAUUGUGAAGACCUUUGAGAUUUCCGAGCCUGCAAUUGCUUUGGGACAGAGCCAGCAGAGGCUAAGUGCUUGAUGCCACUACAGGACUCCAUUGGAUCAUGUAAUCCCAAAAAGGAAGAAGCAUGUAUUGUACAUAUUGUAUGAUUAAGCAUUUUUAAAGAUAAGUUUUAGCAAAUUGUAGCUUUUGAUAGUUAAGAGGAUUGUUAUGAUUUGUCUUUGAUUAAAGGAGAUUCACUGCCAUAUAAAUAAUUGUAUACAACAAAUAAUUGUAGUUACUCAUUAUUUCUCUUCUUGGAGUUUUUCUAGUGUUGUCCUAUUAAAAGUUUUUCUUAGGUUGUCAGUCCUAUGGAUC